CUCACUGCUGACGAAUUUCCAGGUAAUUGGUGGGGCAGUUAGAUCCCGGUUGUUGCCUUAUAGAAACGAGUAGGUUCGUUUGCUGGAUACAUUUAAGAUUGAUCUUGCUGGUGAAUUGUCCGCCGUUAUUGUUGUAGUCAACAGAGACACAAUUUCCAUCCAAGCCAGGACAAAUUGAAGGUCCCUACGAGGUUGUCCUUGUCCAUUCUUCAGAAUGGGUUUUGGCAGCUCGAGCUCUGGUGAGCCUAAACCUCUGUCUCAGAGCGACCACCAACUCCAGCAGAAGGAAAUAAGCUUUUGUGAAGGUCCAUGCCACGCAGAGCAGAUCCUCCAAGUUCUCAACGCCUACCGUCAAAGUGGCACCUUCACUGAUGUUGUCCUGCAGGUGGAUGGUAGCAAGUUCCCAUGCCACCGUGUCGCUCUCAGUGCCAGCAGCAUGUAUUUCUGCAGUAUGUUCAAUGGAAAACUUCGUGAGAGCCCCCAGCAGCUUGUACCCAUUAAUGGAAUCUGUGCCUCGGCUAUGGAAACAGUGUUAAACUUCAUAUACGAGGGCAAGGCAACGCUAGACAAGGCCAAUGUGAGGAGUGUGUUUAGUGCCUGUGACCUGCUGGGCAUCAGUGUGCUCCGCAAGGAAUGUGUGAGUUUCCUGGAGGAACGUGUAGACCACUCCAACUGCCUGGGCAUCAUGGAUUUUGCAAGCUUGUACUUAAUAACACCUCUGGUAGAUAAGUGCCAGACAAUGUUGUACAGGGACUUUGUGAAGGUCUACAAGCACAAGGAGUUCCUAAGCCUACCAAAAGAGCGUGUGGUAAAGCUUCUGACCAGUGAUCAGCUCCAGGUGGACAAGGAGGAAGUGUUGGUGGAUGCAAUGCUGAAGUGGGUGCAUCAUGAGCCUGGAGAGAGAAAAGGGGCUCUCCGGGAGCUGUUGGAACUGGUGUGUUUACCUUUGGUGGACCCUGUUUUCUUUGUCAAUUUGGUGGAGUCGGAUGACCUCAUCCAGGACUGCAGGGAGUGCCGCCCAGUACUACAAGAAGCCAGGAUGUACCAUAUUCUGGGAAGGGAGGUGGAGUCUCCAAAGACCAGACCAAGAAGGUCCAUGGGAAGAGCGGAGAUGGUUGUUGUGAUUGGAGGCUGUGACCGAAAUGGCUUCUCCAGACUGUCCUUUACAGAGAAACUCAACCCUUACACUAAAGAGUGGGUCCCCGGGGCCAACAUCCCAGGAUACCCCAAGUCCGAUUUUGCCAGCUGUGAGCUGCAGAAUGAUGUAUACAUAUCAGGAGGCCAGUUGAACAGCUCCGACGUGUGGCGAUACCUGCCACAGGUGGAAUAUUGGGUCCGCGUUGAAUCUUUGUCGAAGCCUAGGUGGUCGCACAAGAUGGCAGCUCUGCUUGGAAAACUUUAUGCAGUGGGAGGCUUCAAUGGGAUGGAGCGCUUGUCCAGUGUGGAAUGCUACAGCAUCUAUGACAACCAAUGGCAGACUGUAGCCCCUCUACUGCUGGCUGUGAGCUCAGCAGCUCUGGCAGGCUGCUCUGGCAAGCUCUAUGUCAUUGGAGGAGCUGUAAGCAACGACUGCAAUACCAACAAGGUUCAGUGCUAUGACCCAGAAGAGGAUCAAUGGAGUUUUGUCGCAUCGUGUCCCUUCUCUCAGAGAUGCAUCAACGCCACCACGCUCAAUAACACCAUCUAUGUGGUGGGAGGACUCCUGGAUAAGAUUUAUAGCUACACUCCAAAGACCGACACCUGGAGCAAAGUGGUGGAUAUGCCAAUGAAACUGGAGAGCAGUGGCCUGACUGUGUGUGAGGGUAAGGUCUUUAUCGUCGGGGGAAGAGAUGAGCAUGCCGCUGCCACUGACCAUGUGUGGACCUACUGUCCCGAGUCUGGUAAGGUGACAGACGAGAUACCCAUGUCACGCAGUGUCAGCUACCAUGGUUGUGUAACUGUCACCCAGAGGCCACCACAGAAGAAUUUCCGCUGAAGAAUAAGAUGUUGCGUAUUGGGGAGGAGAAACUGAUCCUAGACCUAGGAUAACAUUUUAGUGUUUGCCUAUUUAUCCUGCAUUUACUUACUGUCCUGCCUUUUUUCUUAAUCUUCCAUUUGGUGUAGAUCCUGACAAUGAAAUCAGCUAGACUGUCAGAUGAAUUGCCUUUCCAUCAAUACUGUGGUUUCAUCCCAAACUGCACCCUGAUCUCUAUAUACUGUACUGUACUAAGGCAUUGGACACAAGUAAUGAACUAUUUGCAGUAUAGGGUGCCAUUUGGAAUGAAACAAGAGUAACCUGCCUCUGUGGUUUUUGUAUGUCAUAGACAAAAAGAUAAGAGAUAAGUGCGAAGGAGUGCCAUGAUGGACAAUGGUCAGUUGAUUGGGUCCUCAAGAAAUGCUCACAUUCCUCAGUGGAUGGUCUGUAACAACUGGUUAGAAGUUAUAAAACAAACUUCACAUGAACUAUAGAUAUUUUUUCUGAUUAAUUAUCACUACCUCUAGAUUAUUAUUUGAAGCAAGCGAUAAGUAGACCUUUUGGAAACCGCAGUAGCUAUUUGAUUUACACUCUUAAAACACGUCUGUCUAAGUCUCUGUUUUUGUGUGCACAUAUUUUUGUUUAAAUCAUUAUGUAUUAAUUCAAAUGGAAUAACAUUUUAAGUCAAGAGAAGACCCUCUUUCUGCAUUUUAUUUAAUUCUUGGCCAGAAACUGACAACUCAUGAACUGACUUUAAAUAGGAAUCACUUAACUCAGUUUUGAAUUGUAACUUUAGAUUCACAUGCAUUGCUCUGAUGAAUCUGUGAAAGCACAUUGUGACAACUGCUGAUGUAAAAAGAGCUUUAUAAAAUAAAUGUUGUGUAACAAUUUAUUUUAGAGACUGACAUUCAUGAAAUUGUUUAAUAACACACCGAUGACUAGCAAGUUUUUGCAAAGUGAAAUGAGAACAGCACUGACUACAUUGAACAUUGUAUUUUUUUCUUACCAGAAACAUAUUAUUAUUUUGUUGAUAAAACUCAAGUUAGUCACUCUAAAUGGCCAGUAAUGUGUGUGUUUAUAGUGUGUAUUUAUAUUGUAAUGAAGAAACUAGAUCAUAACAUACUGAAUUUUAAUGCACAUUGAGAAAAUCCCAUACCAUAAUAUGAACCGAUGCAGGUAUAUACUGUAUUGUAUCACACUUACAGACAUUAAAAAAUGUCAUUCUUCAAUAUGAAACAUGUAUACUGAAUAUAUUUUACAUUUCUUAUUGUCAACUGUGAAAUGUGAUAGUGUUUCUUAAUGUUUUAUUUCCAUUUUGUAUGUGUUUAUUGUUGUAAUACAGGGCUCAGCUGUAAAAGACGAUAGUCUGAGUUGAUUUCUUUGUAUAAAUAAGGUAAAUAAAUAUACAAAUUGUGCUUUGCUAAAAUAUGCAGAACCCUGACAAAGUUUCUAAUUACUGAA